AGACACCCACUCAUCACGUAUCUCUCCCCCUUCCGACUCUAAUCAAAAUUCAAUUUCGCUCAUCGUUUUAGGAAGGAGAUCACCGGAAAACUCAAAAAAGAAAACGGAUAUUCCGAUUCUCCGAUCAACAGGAACUUAAAUCUUCACCGAAGAGCAGACGUUUUGAAAUUCUAAGUAAAAGAUUCUCAAAUCGCUAAGAAGAAAAUGAAGUGAAGCUCGUAAAGGAAGAACAAAACUCGCAGAGAGGUAUCGUUAGAUCAAUUCACGAAGUUGACGAUGGCUAUUUCUCAUAACUUGAAUUUGAUUUUGAUCCUACUCGUCAUGGGAGUAUCCGUUCGUAUCGUUUCUUCUUCCAAUUCCACCAAACAUUGUAACGGAACAUGCGGCGGAAUGAUUCUACCUUACCCCUUCGGGUUCUCACCCGCUUGCCCGAUCCGAUUCACUUGCUCCGCCACGAAGGGAGGGCAGAUCGGAGGCUUCACGGUCCAAAACGUUACGGAAGAGAGUAUAUUCGUCCGCGUUCCACACGAUUGUAACCGUAGUAUUGAAGCUAUGAGCCCGCUCUUCGGCGAGCAUUACGCGCCGACGUCAGAGAACAGUUUCCUGAUGGAGGAAUGCACUAACGCGACGGAUGGAUGUUCGAUCAAGCAGAAGUUUCUGGAGACUCAGCUGAAUCUGCAAAGCUGUGAUCCCCUGGGGAAGGAUAAUGUUAGCUGUUUCUCUACUGAUACGAACUCCAGUUCCAAGAGUUUAGCCAAGUUUUUUAGUAUGAUAGAUUUGAGGAGGAGCUCGUGCAAGAAGCUCUUCUCCUCGAUUGCUUUCGAGUCUGUUGGUGUGAAUGCGGGAAUAGCAUUAGAGUUUGAACGAGUUAGGUUAGGGUGGUGGAUGAAGGGGACGUGUGGAACAGGAAACUCUACUUGUGGGCCUAAUGCCAUAUGUGAUCCAGUUCAAACUCCUGAUGGAAAUACAGGACACCGGUGCUCAUGUAUCGAAGGUUAUCGCGGUGACGGGUUCAUUGAAUCUCCUUGCCGGAAAGCAUUACCCAACUGUCAUGGUUCAAGGCUCGCCUCGGGGCAUUGUAGAUCUAAUCUUGCUAUUGUUGUAGGAGGAACUGUUGGUGGAGCAUUUCUGCUAUCUGUGUUGGCUCUUUUGUUAGUUUGCAAGAAGAGAAGGUCUGCUUCUCUAAGAAGCCAUUUAAGCGCAAAGCGUCUUUUGACUGAAGCUACAGGCAACACAAGUGUCGCUUUCUUCCCUUACAAGGACGUCGAGAAAGCAACAAAUGGUUUCUCUGAAAAGCAGAGGCUAGGAACUGGCGCAUACGGUACUGUCUAUAAGGGGAAGCUCCAAAACGAUGAAUGGGUUGCUAUCAAAAGACUCAGACACAGAGACUCAGAAAGUGUUGAGCAAGUCAUGAACGAGAUCAAGCUUCUUUCCUCUGUGAGUCACCCAAAUCUUGUCCGUCUCUUGGGUUGUUGUAUAGACCAGGGCGACCCGGUUCUGGUUUACGAGUUCAUGCCAAAUGGAACUUUAUCAGAACAUCUACAAAGAGAGAUAGGAGACGGUCUUCCAUGGACUGUACGUCUUACUGUUGCCACUCAAACAGCUAAAGCUGUCGCGUAUCUCCACUCUACAAUGAACCCACCUAUCUAUCACCGUGACAUCAAAUCCAGCAACAUCCUUCUCGAUUACGACUUCAACACCAAAGUUGCGGACUUCGGACUCUCUAGGCUCGGAAUGACUGAAACCUCCCACAUCUCAACGGCUCCUCAAGGCACCCCUGGCUAUCUAGACCCGCAGUACCAUCAGUGCUUUCAUCUCUCUGAUAAAAGCGAUGUCUACAGCUUCGGAGUCGUUCUUGCUGAGAUUAUAACAGGACUGAAAGUUGUUGAUUUCACUCGACCACAUACUGAAAUCAACUUAGCAGCACUAGCUGUUGACAAAAUCGGGUCAGGCUGCAUCGACGAGAUUAUAGACCCGGUUCUUGACCUGAACCUUGACGCAUGGACUCUCUCGUCUAUACACUCCGUGGCUGAGCUCGCGUUCCGAUGCUUAGCCUUCCACAGUGACAUGAGACCUACGAUGACUGAAGUAGCUGACGAGCUUGAACAGAUACGGCUCAGUGGUUGGAUCCCAAACAUGAGCUUGGAUUCACCCACCGGUUCUCUGAGGUCAUCUGAUCUAGGAAGCGAAAGAUCAGCAUCAGUUAAAAAAACAUUAGCAGGAAGCAGAAGACUUGUUGUCCCUCCCAAGCAACCUGAUAUCCUCGCUUCUGUCGAAGAGAUUAACGAUAACUCACCAGUUUCGGUUCAAGAUCCUUGGUUAAGUGCACAGAGCUCACCAUCUACAAAUACAUUGCUCGGUAACAUGCCCAGAUGAUGAUAAUGAUCUCAAAAUACUUAUUACCACUUCAUUGUUUGCCAGUCCCACCUUUGUGUACCUUUCACAUCGUUCAGUGUUGAUAAUGAUAAGUAGAGAGAUUAACUAUGGUGACUACAGUUUCAUACGACAUGAGUAAAUGUAAACGAUCUUAAAACAAGAUCUCUCAAUCAUUACCACAUAAAGUCUAGUAAGAAUAUUAUAAGGUUUUGUUUUGUUAACAAAUACAUUAUCCUAUGACUCUCUCGUAUUCAAACAGAGCCGGUGAACGAUUGUAUUCAUAUUUUAUGUUAAAAUGUGUUAAAAGGAAAUCGUUGAAAAAGUAAUUAUAAGGUUAUGUUUAAUUAUCC